AUGCCCAUCCCCAUCAUCACAACAGCAAUAACAGAAGGCACAAACUCCAUUCCGCACCUAUGGAGCAUAUUAAAACUCCUCCCCUGGGCGGUGCUCCUCGCGGCCCUGAAAUAUUAUUUCGGGGGUGCUAGAAAUACCUCUGAGCGGUUGAUGCAUUCGAAAGUCGUGAUGAUUACUGGCGGCACAUCCGGCAUCGGCGCGCAAGUAACCUCCGCGCUCGCCUCACGCGGCGCCCAAAUCAUCCUCCUAACGCAACAUCCACCAACCGACAUCUUCCUCUCCGAAUACAUCGAGGACCUCCGACGGAGCACCAACAACCAACUAAUCUACGCGGAGCAAGUCGAUCUCUCCUCCUUACACUCCAUCCGCACCUUCGCCACGAAAUGGAUCGAUAAUGUGCCGCCGCGACGCCUGGACAUGGUGAUUCUCUGCGGGAAUGCAGCGCCGCCCGUAUCCCAGAAACGGAAGCUGACCGUGGACGGCAUCGACGAGGAGUGGAUGGUGAAUUACCUGGCGAAUUUCCAUCUGUUGAGUAUACUUUCGCCGGCGUUGAGGGCGCAGCCGGCGCAUCGGGAUGUUAGGGUCGUGUUUACCACGUGUUCGAGUUAUAUUGGCGCGAAGUGGGAUUUGAGGAAGAACGGGAGGUUACAACGGGAAAAGGCUAAGCCGAAGACUAAAAAGGCUACGAAAGGAGUCAGUUUGUACGGACUCAGCAAGCUCUCGUUGAUGGUGUUUGCGCAAUCGUUCCAGAAACAUCUCAAUGCGUUCAAGAGGCCGGAUAACCAGCCGUGCAGUGCGCGGGUGAUUAUGGUGGAUCCGGGGUUUAGUCGGACGCCUGGGAUGAGGAGGUGGAUGACGGGGGGAUCGUUGUGGGGACUGUUGGUGUAUCUGGUGACGUGGCCGGUGUGGUGGUUGGUGUUGAAGUCGCCGCAGCAGGGGGCGCAGAGUGUGUUGUAUGCGGCGAUGGAGGCGGAGUAUGGACGUGGGGAAGGGGGGUGGAUGAUUAAGGAGUGUAAGGAGGUGGAUUUGGCGAGGAAGGAGAUCAAGGAUGAGGAGGCGGGGAAGAUGUUGUGGGAGUUUAGUGAGAAGUUGAUUGAGGUUAAGGAGAGGGAGUCGGCGGUGCGGAGGGCGUUGGCGAAUAAGGAGAAGGAGGUGGCAGAGCAGAUGGAGAAGAAUAAGGCGUCUGGAUCUGGGACGAAGGAACAGACGCCGGGGUCGAGGAGGAGUCGGAAGGGGAAAUAG